CAGAAAAGGACUAGUUUCCAACACCCAUUUUCAAUAAUGCCCCAAAUCUACCAGUCCACACUGGUAAAUCUGAAAUGCCAAUUUUGAGGUCCCCUACCAGUUAAUUGGUGCGAUGGCCACCAAAACCAAAACCAAAAUCAAAAUCCUCCAAAAUUUCUGCUAUUCUGUCAUCGUCUUCUUCCUCUGCUCCCAUGCCGCAGCUCAGAGUUUGGCCCAAAAUGAAGAAGAAGAAGUUCAAAGAUCUGAGUUUCCACGCGAUUUCUUCUUUGGAACUUCCACUUCCUCUUACCAGAUUGAAGGAGCUUUUCUUGAAGAUGGAAAGGGAAUCAGUAAUUGGGACGUUUUUACUCAUAUUCCAGGAAAAAUCAAGAACAAUGACACCGGAGAUGUCGCCGACGACCACUACCACCGCUUUCUGGAAGAUAUUGAGCUGAUGCAUUCAAUGGGGAUGAAUGCGUAUCGCUUUUCCAUUUCCUGGACCCGAAUCUUGCCCAGCAUGGAGUCGUUCGUGACAAUUCACCAUCAUGACCUACCAAUUGAACUCGAAAAGAGAUAUGGUGGUUGGAUGAGCCGUCAAAUGCAGUAAUCUCUCUUUCUUUUUCUUAGUUGCGGAUUUAAAUGGCAUAAUUGGUGAGAAAAAAGAGACACGAUGAGGACAAAUUUGAUUUAUUUUAGGAAAGACUUUGUCUACCUUGCAAAAAUUUGCUUUGCAAAAUUUGCUUGGAAGAA